AUGUUUACUGUAUCGAGGAAUGUGUUUCGUCUGGCAACACCAAACGUGUAUAGGUUCAGAACCCUCACUAGACCAUUCAGCAUCAGCCCCAUACAUUUUAACAGCAAAAACUCCCUGUUUGGUGAAUUAGAGACUAAAACCCAUGAGAAGAACUCAUUGCCGAAUCAAAACGAUGGUGCUGUUGAAGGUAGGGAGAAUGCAUCAAAGUUGACUGAGCGUCUUGAAAUGGCCAUGGAGAGAGAUGAAGACGAGGAAGAGACCCCUGAACAACAAGAAGCUCGUAAGAAUGCUAUUACAUUUGAUAAUGAUGAACAUUUGCAAAAAUAUAUCAAUGAACAAAGACCAUUACAGAAGCCAUCCACGGAGAUAUUACUUUCCCCAUUAAAGAGACAACUUUACGAGAUUGCAUGUAAACAAAAUGGUGGAUUUUAUAAACCUGGUACUAUAGUGACAUUACCUUCAUCUAAGGAAUCAUACAAAUUGCAACUAACAAAGAAAGAAAUUGAGGUAUUAGAACCCUCAUUAUAUUUAAAAUCCUAUCGUAUUAAAUCAUCAAUGAAGAAGGCUACAAUCUUUUUAAGACUAUUAAGAGAAAUGGAUUUAAAGAAAGCCAUUACACAAUGUCAAUUUGGUGACAAGGCUGUUUCUCAAGAAGUGUCUGAGUUAUUGUUACGUGGUCUUGAAGAUGCGAAAACCAUGAAUUUAGAUCCAAAUGAUCUCUAUAUUGCUCAGAUAUGGUGUGGUAGUGAUGGUAAUUGGUGGAAACGUAUAGAUAUUAAAGGUCGUGGUAGACAUGGUAUCUUUACACAUAGAUAUAUUCAUAUUAGAUGUAUUCUUAAAUCCAAGAGUGUAACGAAAGGUAGAUUAGAGUAUGAAGCACAAUUGAAAGAAUUCAAGAAGAAACCAUGGGUACAAUUGAGGGAUAAACCAAUUAGAGGAUCUGUUGGUGGUGUUUAUAAAUGGUAG